GGAAGUGGAUGAGAGCGACCCUUGAUUGGAGAGCUGCCCUGCGCUGCAUCGUGAUGACAAUCAUAAAGCCAUCUUUUGUGCUGUAAAUCAGGAACAAAACGCACAGAAUCUGAUUCAUUUACAGCGACAGAGUCGACCGACAUCUCCUCGUUGUGAACGUGUUGUCCGUGUAGAGGAAACAGAGGAACUGAGGUGAAUGUGUUAACUGUGUCUCUGCACCGCACCGCCUCGCCCUCCUCUCCUCCCGGGUACCUCAGCUCUGGUUGCCGCUAUGGACGGCCCCCUUCUCCCGCUGCUCCUCGUCCUGCUGUCAGCCUGGUCCGCUGUAGGAGACCCGGCGGGAUCCGCUCAUGUCGACGGAGCUCCGCCUUCUAAAAUAGCGGUGGUCGGGGCGGGGAUAGGAGGCAGCGCCACAGCCCAUUUCCUGCGGCAGCACUUUGGCCCUGAGGUCCAGGUGGACGUGUUUGAGAAGGGGGAGGUCGGAGGCCGUCUCGCCACUGUAACCGUCAAUCACAAUGACUACGAGUCUGGAGGUUCCAUCAUUCACUCCCUCAACCUCCACAUGCAGGAGUUUGUCAAACAGCUAGGUUUAAAGUAUCGGCGCAGCGUGGCCGGCAAGACGGCGGUGUUUAAUGGCGAGGAGAUGAUCCUGGAGGAGACAGACUGGUAUCUGCUGGACCUGUUCCGGCUCUGGUGGCGCUACGGCAUCAGCUUCAUACGUCUGCAGAUGUGGGUGGAGGAAAUUAUGGAGAAAUUCAUGAGGAUCUACAAGUACCAGGCUCACGGCUACGCCUUCAGCUCGGUGGAGGAGCUACUGGACUCUCUCGGGGGGAGUGGCUUCAUCAACAUGACCCAGAGGCCGCUCUCGGAUUCGCUGCUGGAGCUGGGCGUGUCGCAGCGUUUCAUCGACGAGGUCAUCGAGCCCGUCAUGAGGGUCAACUACGGACAGAACGUCAGCAUCCCCGCCUUUGUAGGCGCUGUGUCUUUAGCUGGUGCCCAGAACAACCUGUGGGCGGUGGAAGGAGGAAACAAGCUGGUGUGUUCUGGCCUGCUGAAGAUGGCCAACGCUAACCUGCUGCAAGCACAAGUCAACUCCAUCUCGCCCGUUUACUCAGGGGAGGCGCCCCAGUACCAGCUGAGCUUCACCACAGCAUCAGAGACGGGAUCAGAGCUGUAUGACAUCGUAGUGUUGGCGACGCCGCUCCAGGCCAGCGUCAGGUCUGGAGUCCAGUUCCAAAGUUUCACCCCUCCCUUUGACGACCUCCCUGGAAACUAUCACAGCACUGUAGCAACCAUUGUCCAUGGUUACCUCAACACCUCUUUCUUUGGUUUCCCGGAUCCUCGCCUCUUCCCCUUCGCCAGCGUCUUGACAACUGAGACGCUCGAUCUGUUUUUCAACAGCGUGGCAAGUGUUUGUCCCGUCAACAUCUCCACGGGCUUCCGGCGUAAGCAGCCACAAGAGGCCGGAGUCUAUAAAGUGUUCUCACCACAACCUCUGGAUAAGGCUCAGCUCAAAACACUGUUCAGGUCAUACUACUCCGUGCAGGUGACAGAGUGGCAGGCCUACCCUUGUUACGGCAGCAGCCAGGGACUGCCGCCUGUGGAGCUCCACCCCAAUCUCUACUACCUCAAUGGCAUCGAGUUGGCCGGCAGCGCCAUGGAGAUGAGCUCAGUGGCGGCCAAGAACAUCGCCCUCCUGGCGUACCACCGCUGGAACAGACAGACGGACAUGGUGGACCAGAAAGAUCUGAUGCACAGGAUCAAGACUGAACUAUGACCUGGUCAUCUGAAAGCCUUGUAGCAUCACAAAGCUGAUGUCUGUAUUAGGUACUAAAUAUUACAGUGAGAAGACUCCAGUGGCUACUAUUCCACUACAUACAUCUAAUACACUGAAUCAAUGAUAAAUAUGUUGAACAUAAUCUGACCCUUGCCUUAUCCUAAACAAACUUAAACAUGCAUCAGAAAAACAAGCAAGUAUCAAAGUCAAGGCUGAAGCUUAUUUUAAUGGCACCACUAUAGACGAUCGUGGUCCUGCGCUACUGUCAAAAAAGCCCAGUUUGAUUUUGCAGAUUGCAUCGUUCUCUAUGCCAGAGACAUUGCAGAUAUACAAGACAUUUUUCAGUAUUGUUUGGGGAUUGACUGCUAAUGCUGGUUAGUGGUUUCAUCCAAAAAUUCAACUACAAGCAGCUUUUCUUUGCCAAGAAAUAAGGAAACCAAGCAACCGUGGAAAACACCAGCUAAUAUUUAUCUCAGCCGGAAGUGAACGGUCUAUUAGGAGACACUGUUUUAUUGAGUUGCUGGUUGUCUGAGUGAACACCUGUUAAUAUGAGCACCAGCCUCAGGUCACUGGUGCUGCCCUGUGUAAAUAAAUUACCCUGAAAACACUCGUGGAAUCAAGAUUGAGGGCAUGAAUGAGACUCUUUUAAACAGCUGCUUUGCGUGUGCGCUGUAACAGCUGUGAGAUAUGAGACGGAUCACUAAUUUAACUGCCUUUAGGCACAUAAACCAGCCCUCUGUCAAAUAAUCAAAAACAACCGCAGCACUGCUGUUAUGGUCUAUACAUUUAAGGACUGUUAAUGGACUUGCUGCACCAAGAAGAUCUCAUUAAAGUAAUCUCAGUAGGAUUUUGUAAAUUAAUAAAAUCAUUAUUCAGUGACUCAUGGAAGUGGCCACUGGUGCUGUGCUCUGUUGCCCCUUUCAUCAGACUAUUUCAUUAUCUCCCCUUCCUGCUGCUUUUGUUGCGUAAUCCAGCGGAAAGAAUUUUUUUCGGGGAACAGAGCCAACAAGCUUUCACACUGGACCAAAUGAAAGCAGGGGACAGACAUGUGGAGCUGGUGUUGGUGGUGAUGAUGAUACUUCUCCCCCCUUUUCUCUCAAGCCCUAAAGCUUUAUUGAGAUCCUGCAUUUUUAAUAAACGCUGUAAUCUUGGAAAAACACACAUGAAGAUGGAGUUGGACAUUCGCUUGCAGAAAUGGCAAGUGCAAAAAAGAUGGUAUGAUAUGAUAAGAAAACACUGGCUGUUGAUUAUCCUCACAAGACUGUGAGAAAUACCUUGUUUUAUUCAUUUCUAAUAUAUAACAGUGGAUAUGGAGUGAAGUGGAUUUGUGGACUCUGAAAAACUAAAUUUGUCAACUGAAAACCUUGUGACUCCAAAAAGGCGUCAGUUGACGGAUAAUGUGAUUGUGUCAUAUGAUGAGAAAACAACACAACCCUUUAAAUCUGAUGGAAUUGUUUCAAAACGCCACGAUGGCAUCAGAAGUUAUGGGGGUCGAUCUGAAAUGCAGACUGUUUUUUUUUUUUUUUCUUUUUUAAUUCAAGGUUUUCACUCAGCAGCAGCUUCUGUACAUACGACAGUCAAAUAUUUGUGGCAUUAGUACCUGUUAUGAUAUGCUGUAAAAAGAAUACACACAAUGAGUAACCAUCUUAUGGAUUGACAAAACAAUGCCAAUUCAAGGUCCACUUACUAGGUUUUUGCAGAGCAUCCUCAUGGACUGACAAACUGAGCUAACUCCAUCCACCGAUAAAGUUCAUGAGAUGUGAUUAAAAGUUAAGACAAAAAUGAGUAGGGAGACCUUGAGUUAAGAUUAUUUUGUCAAACAACAGAUUGUGUGAUUGUUCUAGGGCUGUCCUCGACCAAAGAAAUUCUUUCUUCUUUGUCGACUAGAGCUGUAAAACUGAUUUUCUCCACAAAGAAUCACCCAAAAGCACCACUUUAAAUCUUGUGUUCACCAGAGAUGUGCUCAUAAGUUUAUUGGAAAUAAGUCAUUCAGCAUGAAAUAAGCAUAAAAAACAACUAAUCGACUGAAGAAAUCUUAGACUUAAAUGACCGAUUAGUCGACUUAAGAGGGGGCAGCCCUAGACUGUUCACAUCUAAUCACUGUUUCUUUACAAACGUAACUAUCUGCUAAGUACGGUACAGCAUGUAUGAACAUAUUUUAUCUGCCUGAUAAACAAAACAAUGCAGCUGUUUAUAAUGAAUGAUGUGAUCUAUUCUGACUGUUGAUAAAAUUAAAGCAUUGGACGGUUUACUAUGAUUUUUUGUUUUUUAAAAGUA